GCUCAUUUCCGCAUAAGAUCAUAGUAUUUCUUUAUUAAAAACUAGUGGAUUACUUUGAACCUUCCUCAGAUGAAGCUGCCUCUACCUUUGAAAACUUGAGACACACCUUCACACAAGGGAACCUUGACACACCUUCACACAAGGGAACCUUGGUCCAAUCCAUCUAUAAAUACCACCCUAGUUCUCACAUCUCUCCUCACCUCGAACCACUCUCUGCAAUCCAAUCAAUCCUCCUUCUCUUCCUCUUUUGAUCCUUUUCAUUUCAAGCUCUAAGAUCAUGGGUGUUUUCACUUACGAGCAGGAGAUCACUUCUUCAGUUCCCCCGGCCAAGAUGUUCAAGGCCGCUGUCCUUGAUGCUGACAACCUCAUUCCCAAGGUCAGGCCUCAAGCUAUCAAGUGCGUGGAAGUCAUUCAAGGAGACGGAGGCCCUGGAACCAUCAAGAAGAUUCACUUUGGUGAAGGCCACAAAUUCAAAAGCAUGACACACCGGGUUGAUGCGAUUGACAAAGAGAAAUUCUCAUUCUGCUACACUGUGAUCGACGGGGAUGUUUUGACUGACGGCGUUGAAUCAAUUUGUCAUGAGCUCACAGUGGUGCCUGCUCCAGGUGGAGGAUCCAUCUACAAGAACACCAGCAAGUACCACACCAAGGGCGCUGAGGUCUGUGAAGAGCACGUUAAGGGUGGCAAAGAGGAUGCUCUCGCAACGUUCAAGGCUAUUGAAGCCUACGUCCUGGCCCAUCCUGAUGCCUAUUAAGUUUCCUGUCACGUUCUAUUGAGUAAGAGAUACUAGUCUCUUGAGUGCUCUACCUUCAUAGCAUCAGUCAAAGUGUGGAACUUUUGUGUUUUUGCCAUAUGGCCAAAGUAGCCUCGGCUUAAAAAUAAGAUUUUCCUAGGUGUGAACCUUGGUGUACUUGUAAUGUUUUGUUGGAAUGAAGAGUCAUGGUUGUAUUACCUCAAUAAAUAUAAUGAAAAUCAUCUUCUUAUGUUGUAUUACCUUAAUAAAUAUAAUGAAAAUCAUCUUCUUAUUAAGUGAUCA